CGCGAUGCAUCAAGUGGAUGAAGAGGGGAAAGCAGUUUCGACCUCCAGAGGACACGCAAAGAUACCGCAGACAGGUUCCGCUCCCGCAGGGCUUGUAGAUACGAGGUCUCCAAGUUAUACAGCGACACCGCCGCAACAGUCAUAUGAUUGGAUUGGUGUGUAAAAGAUAGAGACGUAGGAGUGGUCCCAAACCGUCACCUAGCGAUCCUUUUGCAGCUAGUAGUCCUUGAUGCUGCACACUAUAUCCAUAUCUAUACAUCACACUACAUUAUAGUCUCCAAAUGAUUCAUCCUAAAUUUUGAGCAAGAGGAAGAAGGCAUUCUCUACUUCCCUUUCGCUCCUGUCAGUUGUCCUCACUGUUCCGCGUUCAUCACCAGGCAGCAACGAGCGCGCCGGUCGAAGGACGUUUCGUAUCUUCAUACGGACAUAAGAGUCGAGGAAAGUCGCUCUAUCUUCGGGCCCUUGGCGGCGGUGGAGAGUCCAUCAAAAGCUUUAAAUCCUCUCAGACAUCACUUGUCGCCUCAGAGCGAAGAAGCACCUGGGGAGCGAUCAAUCAAAUGUACUAAAUAUUGUGUUUAAUUUUUGGUCUCACUAAAUGAAAACUUUUUUUUGUUGAGAACAAGAUUAACAAGUGGUGUAUUUGGUUAUGAUUUACUGUAUUUUAUUAUGAUUUAGUACUGUACUUGGAUUAUUCCUCAGUAUCCACUAAUAUAAUUAUACUGAUUAUAAAUUUUUCGUUUUUAUUUUGUGAAUCAUGUUGAUGAGAGAGGCCGGUUGUUCGUUGAUCAUGUUCGUUGAAAGAGGAUUGGCCGUCAACAGGUCGGUAAGUGAGAGUGACACAUCAACAUCCGAAGCCAGGUUAUUUCGUACUGUGAACGAAGACUUCGAGCAUAGCAAGCUUUCUAAAUGGGCGGUUAUGGCGAUAGUUUUUUUUAACGUCUCCGGUGGACCCUGGGGAUCAGAGGAAAUCUUCCAGCAUGGGCCUCUGCCAGGCAUUCUCGCUGUUCUCCUCGUAGCAUUCUUUUGGAGCUACGGUCAGAUCCAAAUUACCUCUGAGCUCGGAUCUGCGUUCCCGGUUAACGGCGGCUAUAGUUAUGCUUGUUGUCGAUGAUACUCUUUUUACUCCUGGUCUCGCUAUGUAUAAUAAUCGUUCCAUAUUUUGUACUCCUCCAGCACCUGGUCCUGCACCGACCUAACCACCUGCACAACGUUAUGUAUCUACGUAGAAGUAAAUCUUUUUUCUACGCCUUUUUUGUCGAGUUCAACGUCUUCUGGUUCUGGAUAGUUCUUUGUAUUAAAGGAUCAUAGCAUUUGCAGUAGUUGCACUGAGUCAGAGUACCGGUCCCCACGAUCGCCGCCUCCUCCUCGUGAUGUUCCUGAUUUAGCCCUGCAGCAGCACUAAAUAUGGGAUGACUAACUAGUACACACUAGAAGAAUUUUUACUCAAUCCAAAAACAUACUUUAAUAUCGUUUGUGGGUAACGGAAGCGUUUGGCCCUUUUUGGGGUUUUCUGGAGAGUUACUGGUCCUGGGUAAGCGGCGUAGUCGAUAACGCUGUUUAUCCUGUCCUGCUCUUCGAUGGCGUCAAGAACUUCUUCCCGGAGAACGUUGGCACUCUCUCAAACGAAGCGCAGUACUUCUUCAAGGUUGCCAUCAUUUUCUUUUACGGCAAUGGGCUAGUGAAAGUUUAAUGUUCAAAUUUUUCUUUUUGUAUCUAUAAAAUGCAAAUAGUAUCAACUGCAUCAUCUGCAGCAUUCCAAAUUAGAAGCGAUGGAGAUGUGUUGUUCUUCCGCGGCUAGCUAUUUGUCAUUGUCACUCAAGCUCUAUCUACUAGUAAGUAACUAUGUAUUGGUCCACGCCGACAGGAUCGCCAUCGCGAUCGCUAGCUACUUAUAAGCUGAGCUAGUAGCGACGAAAUGUGGAACAACUUAUGAAGAGCUGGUCAUCUGAUGUUCUAACUUUUACUCGCGAUUCCGAAUUUCGUCUCUACGAGCGGAACGGGUCAGAUGUUGCAGGUAUUGGGCAUCGUUCAAAUGCUCCCUUUUCUUCUUUUUCUCGUCGUAGCGCUACCCAAGAUGAACUUUGAAGUUUUCACGCAGACUGAUUUGAUCAGCACUUCUCAAGGCCAGAUGCCGACUGCCUUGAGAACUGGAACGGCGAAUCUUAAUGUUGAAGGAACGAACUCAGGCAAGGGUGGUCCACCUGUAAACGGUGCAAUAAACGGUGCAAUAGGCAACUUCUCCGACAACUUCUUUGCUAAGAUCUUUUCUGCGGAUUUCUUGUGCGUCAUCUAUUGGAAUUUGAGUGGAUGGGACUGCGUUAGUUACGGCUAGAAGUAUAUCACUAUCCCGUGUGGAUAGAUAACCUUUCCUUUUUCUAUCUUUUUCUGCUUUUUGUUUUUUUUGUAGUUAAGUGCUCCACCACAAUCAUGAGCAGUGGGGAGUGAUUUCAAAUCCAUACCCUUACAGAGGCCAGUCAAGGGGAUUCGUCUAAAGGAACAAGGAAAGGGAGUGCACUCAACCAGGGAUAGUGAGUAUCUAGCGUUAAGUUGAUACCGUGGCAGGAGAAAUCGAGAAUCCGGAGAAGAAUUUAGCACCAGCCCUCAAGUAUUCCUUGAUCCUCACGGUUUUACAAUUAAGGAUAACUACGUCGACGUGGUGCUGCUUACUAGUAUUUCGUCAUCGUCUGUGAAUGUGUUUGUCAUAGUCCUUCUCAACCUGCUUUCUACUUCGUGGCUCUAUCUCUACCAGAAGAUCCAGUUUUUCACUUCUAGCAAAUCGAGACAUACUAGUAGUGCUGGGCGGCGGAGGCAGAGGCGGGUGAUGUGUAUCUAAAACGAAAAAUAUCAAGUUUAUUUUGGUGAUGCUAUGAAUGUGUAUGGUCCUCCUCCUCCUCCUCCUCCAGGAUGAUGAAAAUCAUGAGGAGCAUCAUGACUAGCGCUAAUCCAGUACGUUCUUAUUUUGUCGGCUGCGGCGGGUGUCACUUGUUCAUGUAGCUCGAUAAAUUCGGCUUCUACUGUCUUCGACCUGGCGGCACCAGAGGAUCGUCCUCUUUAUGCUUAUGAUAUUUGCGUGGCCCUCGUUGUGAAGAAUUCAUCAUUCUUUUUCUUCUAGUAGCACGUCCCAUCUUUGAUUGUAUCUGUAUGGGUAUGCAUUUUAAAUACGCAUUAAAAGAAAACUAGAGAGCUAAGAAGGUUAUGUUAGCUGAAACCAACUUCUAGGUUCACUAAGGCUCUAUUUCAAGUUUAGGAAUUACGAAAAUCAUGAAUACACAAGGACGAAGGUUUUUCCACAUCCACUAGGAAAGCCGACGAUGAACCGAGGAAUGGAAUGCGUCUUUUAGCUUGUACCUCUAAUUCCAUGACAACCUAUAUGGUCAGUCUUCAUCCACGAGGCCAACACCUCAGAUCAGCAUGCCUACAAGAAGAACGAAUCCGCUAUCAUUUUCUAGUGGUCCCGCAUUCUUCACGUCGACAUUGAUGUCACCAUCCUCAUCUUCUUUGUCGUCUUACCUGCCAACGUCGCCAUUUCUGAGCACCACCAGGCUUGAUGGAGAUCCGGUAUCUGUAGUACAAGGAGAGCCCUCCUCCUCCUCCUCCACCUCAAGGAGCAAGAUAUUUCCGGUCCCAGACCUAGAGGACCGAGGAUGGCGCACGUGGCGCGACGGCAGUUUACCCGAUAUAGUGAAGAACACAUGCGGUCCUUGGAUAGGAGGAGCACUUCUAAUCUUAAGGGUUCUUCAUUUACUUAGAAGUUUUCAUCCGCCACUUCUAAUCUUCAGGGUGUUAGUGUUUCUACUUCGUACUGGGUGUUACUUCAAAUCCACUUAGCUUCCAAAGUAGAUUCUACUUCAUCGUCGGUCGCCUUCCGUAUGGCAGCGCGGGACCUCAAGUAGUGCAAUUAGUGCACACUGUUAUUGUAUUGUGUUGUCGGUCUCGGUCUCCUUAGCUUGGUGAGGUUGUAGUCACCACCGGAGGACGACCAGGAAGGAAGUAGAACUACAGCAUGGGGAUUACUCAGGCUCAAUCUGAGGAUGAAACACGACCACGACCACCAGCUAUAUAUCUAUUAGGUUGUGAGAGCAUUUAUGUUCAAGUGCAGGGCUAGCUCUUGAUCUUUGGUUAAUCGCCGUCUAGUCCGCACAGCACAUAUGAGAGCAUUUCUAAUUAUCGCCAAUCUUAUAGGUAAUGCCGGAAUGUUCUGCGCAGAGCUGAUGGAGGAUUCUUAUCAACUUGAGGGCUUAGCUGCGGCAGACGUGAUUCCUCGUUGGACGCGAUUAGACUGGAAACAUCCUGUUUGGCUAAGGCUUGAAAUACUUAUUCCAUAGUCCUCUUUUAUGCUAUUUAGACAGGGACAGCGAGCUCGAGGUGCAUUCUUCUUUAUCAUCAUGAUACCGAUCCUUUCAUUUUCAAUCAUAAUGAAGGUCAUGGGUUGUAGCCAUGAUACUAACUGUGUUGUGUUGUGGCCAUGAUUUUGAUGAAAGUGCAGACGAGUACUGCUUUUUAAUUCUUAUUUGUUAAGUAUACGAUUAUUAAUAUGUAAUUGUUUGAGGUUGUAAAUGCCAAGAUUUCCACCCUCUUCUGGGUCAUCUAAUUUUCGGAACGCCUUGCAUCGCGAUGAUCCCGAGUUUGUAUUUUUGCGUGCUCUGUGUCAGCUUCGACUUCUCACAAAUCUUAGCCGUGAACAACUUCUUUUCGGCUUCAGCAGCGUUGUUAGGGCUUUUUACUCGACAUGUUCAUCAUCAUCUCCUAGUCUUACAUCAUAUUAUAUAUCCUAGGUUUAUCCACCCACCAAGCAACAAGUCAUCAUGUCUUCCAUCAUUCGAGGUGAUUUUUUUGACGUACUGUUUUGUUUUCAAGGGGUGGAAAAAUAGGCCAUCCACCGAAUUGCAGUCUGUGGGCCCACUUGUUCGACCACACUUACUCCACUUGUUCGACUACACUAAGAAAGUAGGGUUCAGACUAAAAAUCGUAAUGGUUUAGACUCCUUUCCCUCUCGAAGAGGAGGAUAGUCAUAGUGGUUUGUCCAAGUAACUAAAACUAGACUUUAAGAUGAAUAUCUCUACGGCGGGUGCUACGCAAUAGCAUCAUCACCAGGGAUACACACUCACCCAUGAGAAGAUCGAUUGCGUUAGAAAAUAUCGGCAAGGUCUAACGUUGCUCGAGUUCCUAGCUUUUGUGGAGUUCCGGAGAUCAAGACCAGAUAUGGAACGCCCCUACAGGGCCAGCGACUUCGUUCUCUACUUCGUACUGCCUGUCGCUUUUUUGUUUCUAUGGAAGCACGGCUUCUACAUGAUAAUCAAGAUAAGGGGAUGUUAACUUCUGUAUCAUCUAUGUACACUUUUGUGCUUAGUAAUAGUAUCCUUCUACGAAAAUACGGAACAAGCGUUUGUGGGUUACUUGUCUUGUGGUGCAUACUAGUGUACUAGUAGUUCUUUGACCCGUCCCAGGUUCCUUUUUUUUUCUACUCUCGUCUAGCAGCUCUUCUCGUGAGAUUGUCUACUAGAUGAACAUUUAGGAGGACUGUCUAGAUGAACACCUAGGAAGAUUGUCUAUGUCAACAGCUAGGAAGAUUGUCUCCUUUGUUGGACUUACCCCUCGAAUGGGUAAACUACUACUACUACUACUUCCCAGAUGAACGGCAGCAAGAACAGCGAAACCGAUCUUCUUCUAAUCUGGGGAUGCGUUGUACUUUGGAAAGCAUAUGAAAAAGUCCCGGUUGUGAAUGCAGUCUUGAUGUUUCUGGCCUUCCCUCUCGCGCGCAUACUAGCACUCCGCUUCGAGUCGCUGUAUCUUAAGUUAAGGGUAGGCUAAAGGUGAUCCUGUUGCCGUUCGUUUUGCCUUUGUGAAGGAGGAAAAGCAUAACGAACGGGCUAAACGAACGCCAGAAGCCUACCGCUAAAUAGGGACGCUCCGACCACAGUAUCUUAGGGAAGCUCCGCCAGAAAAAUCUUAGGGAAGCUCCGACGUGACUCUAAGCUGGCUAGACGCACUCGAUGUUGAGGCGCUUGCGUUCAUCCAUCCUGGCUGCGAGGAGACGGAGAAGCAUUAGAGCACGUGGAGAUGCUUGCUUUCAUUCAGCUGAAGAACUACAAUGUCCAUGUUCUCGUAAAGUAAGGGGAAAGAGUAGAGAUUGAGACAGAGUCAGAGGCCAACUAUGAAUACUUAUUCACCAUAAGCAGAUUAUAAGACAAAUCAUCCCGAUCGCGUUAAUUGUGAUUGUGGUGAUAGUGAUGCAUUGAUGUUGAUGGGGAACUUGAUGGGUUUCAGUUACAUGUAACUUACCGAUAUCAGCUCGAGUACGUGCUUCUUGUUUAGUUCUAGCCUACAAGAACACCGAAGUGAGUAGUACGUAAGUAAGAGUAUGAACGUCGACACUUUUUCAAAUCCAAAUCGUCGUAAACAUCGUGAUCCUAGUAAUUAGAAUUAGGCUCGUAUUUUGUAAUCGACUAGUACAAUGCUGUUGCUGGUGCGACAACUGCGCGCUAGUAUGAGCUAGUACUCGGACCAGUAGUAGCUGCGGUAGCAUUUUUUCCUGUGAGUGUGGAAGGUCGCGCUCCUGCUCUCCUCUUGAUCUGAUAUCGAGAAAGAUUCUUCAAUUUAAACUGAGAAGGUACAACCACACGAAACGUGCUGCAGAUGCUACGGAGACUUGAUGGAAGUCCAUCUUACAAAUUAUUUACUCCAUAGAAAUACUGACUUUGAAAAGUCCUAGGCAAGUCUCAUUUUAUCUAGAGGAUGACUCCUGGCCCUGGAUUCAAUAGCGAAGACGCUGGCUACGUAGUUAACAGACACCACACUUAAUAUAUAUAGCUGGAUGCACUACUACACAACGUGACAGUCUUCAGAUGGAUAAACCACUAUGCUGCUCGUGGUUCCUCUUGAACAAAGUGAGUUGCACUUUCUCUAUUUUCUGGUUGCCUGAACACUGCUGAAAAUGGUGAUGGUGAUCUCCAUGAUGCUUUUGAUUAGGUCAUCCAGAAAGCCAUCGAAGCUUUAAUUUGCG